UGACAGAAUUGACAGCUUGAUUUUCGCUUUCAAUAAUCGUACCGCAAUUAACAUAACCUCUUCUGUUGCUUCCGAUUAUUCUUAUUCCGAUUAAUAAAUACUGUUGACAUAGAACUGUGUAAUUAUGCUAAAGAAAGCCGUAGCUUUAGUUACUGGAGGUGCCUCCGGCCUAGGCAGAGCAACGGUUAACAGAUUAGUGCGUUCGGGCACGAAAGUAGUUGUAUGUGAUUUACCAACAUCGGCCGGACAUAGCAUAGCCGAAAACUUAGGUGGUGACAACGUUGUCUUUGUACCAACCGACGUAACUUCAGAAGAAGAUGUCACAGCAGCACUUGAAACGACAAAAUCGAAGUUCGGCCGGCUAGACGUGUGUGUUAAUUGCGCCGGCACUGCAAUUGCAUUUGAAACCUACAAUUUCAAUAAAAACCGUCCACAUCAGGUUAAAGAUUUUGCUGACACAAUAAGAGUGAACGCCAUUGGAACAUUUAAUGUUAUACGUUUAUCGGCUGGACUAAUAGCUGAAAACAAACCGAAUAGUGAUGGACAGCGCGGAGUCAUUAUUACAACAUCGGCAUAUUCAGCCUACGACGGACAAAGAGGACAGGCAGCAUACUCAGCUGCAAAUGCAGCAAUUGUUGGUAUGACAUUGCCGAUAGCUAGAGAAUUCAGUUCGCACGGUAUUCGGGUCGUUGGGAUUGCUCCAGGCCUGAUGGAUACACUAAUGUGUGUUAGUAAUAUGUCAGAGGAUUUCAAAGACUUCCUGACUGAAACGGUGGUAUUUCCACACCGGCUCGGACACCCUAGUGAAUACGCUCAAUUAGUUGAAACAAUAGUGGAGAAUCCAUUAUUGAACGGUAUCACGAUUCGACUCGAUGGUGGAUUUAGAGGAUACGAUGGUUAACAUAGAAUUUUGUAUGCAAAUUCUUUCAGUUGAGCUUUCAACUGGUGAAGUACCACAUUUCGAAGUGUACGAAAGAAUUUUGGUAACGUCGAUGUAUCUCAAAAAGUACAAAGUUGAUGUUUGAUAGUAAUUGUAGGCCGAAAAAUAACAGUGAAUAUAUGACUACGCAACGUGAUGCUUACAAAGUA